AAACAAACUGUCAAUGUCAAAAUCAAUUCGGUUUGUUUGCUGUUGAUGUAUUUUUAUUUUCCUAAAAGAAAAUCUAAUAUUGUGACUGAAAUCGAAUAAAGUUUUUCCUAAAUUCUAUCAGGCUUGCCACAAAAUGUCCGAUAUCUUGGAUGACCCAGAUCAUUCUGAAAACUCUGUUAGGAUUUCUAGACCAACACUGGCCCAAGUAAGGGCAGUUAUAGCCUUCAUGGAGAAGCACCCAGACCUGGCUCACAGAAGGCUCCGAGUGGGUAUGGGCCAUGCUAAGUUUAAGAAAUUAUGGGUGGAACUGUCUAAUAUUGCUAACUCCAUUGAUGGUGCUAUUAAAUCUACAAAAGGAUGGAUAAAGUUCUGGUCAGACAAGAGGCGCAGCAUAGUAAUAAAACAAAAGCAAAUUGACCAAGGAAAACUGCAAGGAAGAUUGACACCAUUAGAACUUAAGAUAUUGGAACUCUGUGAUGAUAAGACUUCCUCACCAAGAAAAAAGAAAGCAGUAAAACAAGAACCUUGUAACGGUGAUGAUGAAGACUCCUUUGAUGACACAUUCUCAAAAGAUGGUGAUUUCACUACAGACAACAGCAGACUUUUCCCUACUGAGGCUGAAGAGCGACAGUUCAGUAUGAUAGAUAAGUUGGUGGAAGUAAUGGAUCAGCAAGCAGCAGCCCUCACACAAAUGGCACAGGCAUCUCUCAGUAAUUCAAAAGCCUUGGAAAGAGUAGCAGAAGCAUCACAUUUACAAGCAUUAGCAGUGGACAGGCUAGCUGGAACAUUCGAGACCAUCAGCGCAUCAGUCCAUGACGUCAGAAACGCUAUCCUAGGAAUAGACUACACCAUGAAACGUUGCUACCCCGCAACUGCGACGCAGCAGCGACAAAACAAUAUAUUCAGCUAAAAUAUUUAUAAUGAUCUCAUACAAUAUAAUUUGACGAUAGUAUUAAAUCAAGUGCAUUUUACAAAAAAUCACAUGCCAUUAUGAACAUUAAGUUGUAAGCAAUUAAGUAUUAUUUUAAUAUUCAAAGAAUUACAACAGGUAAUCUGACCUGUGCGUACAUAGCGCGUUGAAGAUAACCUUUUAUGCAUAAUAAUGAUAAGCAUUGUAUUUUACUGGAAUAAGACAUUACUAAAAGUGA